GGCGGCCAUGGCGGGCAGGGCGGCCGCGCGCAAGGCGGACAACACGCACCGGUUUCUUACCUUUUCGGAACGCUUAAGCAAUGUUAAUAUCGAUAUUAUUCAUCGGAUUGACAGAACUGGAACCUAUGCUGAGGAGGUUGAAACCUACUUUUUUGAAGCACUGCAGAAAUGGAGGGAAUUGAACCUCACUCAGCAUUUUGUGCAGUUCUACAAAGAAGUAGCCAACAAAUGCCAGUCCUUCAACCAGCUGGUUUAUUACCAGAGUGCCAUCGUGCAGAGCUUGAAGAUACAUUUGCAAGUCAAAGGCAGUCUUGCCUAUCAACCCCUGCUAGACCUAGUGGUGCAACUGGCUCGAGAUCUCCAGGCUGACUUCUAUCCUCACUUUCAUGACUUUUUCUUGGCCAUCACCAACUUACUGGAUACACAGGACACAGAACUGCUGGAAUGGGCUUUUACUUCUCUUUCCUAUCUCUACAAAUACUUGUGGAGAUUGAUGGUGAAGGACAUACGCAACAUAUACAGACUGUACAGUACUCUACUGGCUCACCACAAACUUCACAUCAGAAACUUUGCUGCUGAAAGUUUUGUGUUCUUAAUGAGAAAGGUUUCUGAUAAAAAUGCACUCUUCAACUUCAUGUUCCUCGACCUGGGGAAGCACCCAGAGAAAGCAGAGGGUGUGGGACAGCUGCUCUUCGAGAUGUGCAAGGGCGUUCGAAACAUGUUCCACUCCUGUGCAGAAACGGCUAUGAAAUUAAUUCUGUUGAAGCUGGGGCCUGUUACUGAAGCAGAAAUUGAGCUACCCUGGGUGACAAUUGGAGAAGCAUUUAAGCAAAUGAUCAAAUCAGCUGUAGGACAUAUCCAUAGGGAGCAUUUUGACAUUGCCUACAAGUGCCUGGAGGAGUCACUCUUAGAUUUGCAGGGAAAAAUAACUAAGGUUAACUGCCUUGCAACUUCAGAGCAGAUGGAAAGGAUUCUGGAAGCCUAUCUCAUCCUAGUGGAACAUGCAAAUGGAUCCAAAAUCCCACGGCCCGAGGAAGUCUGUCAGAUUUUAAUAAAAUUGAUGCAAACUCCAGAUCUGACGGCAUCUUGCUGCAAAACCCUGCUGAACACUAUUUCUGCUUUACUCCUGUCUGAGAAUGUUUUCUUGCCUGAUGCCUUGACCAAGGAAGCUAUUGAGAAGGUAUUUGCAAGUGGGUUUGAAUGGCACUUUCUUUUGGACUUCUCUGAGGUGAUGUUCUCAAUGAAGCAAUUUGAGAGGCAUUUUCUUCCGUGCUUUCUAGUGCACAUUGAGCGCUGCUUCGCUGGCACAGACCCCCAUGCAAAGGAUGAGGCCAUGGCAGUUUUGGCUAAACUUAUUCUGGCGAAAGCAGAGCCUCCCACCCUUGGCUCAAUGGCGUUUGAGAAGUAUCCUCUCAUUUUCAUGGAAUCAUGCUCCAGCUCUAAUUUUAGACAGCAAACAAGCCAAGGAGGAAGGACAUGGGUGCCUGUGUUGGAGCAUGUGCUGUCUUUAAUCCAGUUACCAGAGAAUGAAGAUAUUACUGAUCUUUCUCAGCCCUGGGCUGCCUUGGUUGUACUGCCACAUAUUAGACCAAUAGACAAAGAGAAAAUCCUGCUGAGUGUGACAAGUUUUACAGACUUUCUCUUCAAAGCCAUUGACAAAGGAAAUCUCUGCAAAGGAAGCCUCUUUGUGACCUGUCAAGCYGUGAGUACCCUCCUUAGUUUGGCAGAGUCUUCUGAAAUACUCCAUUUGUUACCUGUGGAGCGUGUCAAGAAGUUGCUGAUCACUUUCCCUUCAGACCCUUCGGCGCUGCUCUUGGCUGAUCUCUAUUACACAAGGCUGGCUUUGUGCGGCUGCCAGGAGCCCCUUGCCCAGGGCAACCUGAUGGACUUGUUUGAGAAAUUGCACCCUAAUAUUUCCACUGGUGUGUCCAAGGUCCGACUUUUGACUGUCCGGAUUCUAAAUCAUUUUGAAUCUCCACUUCCUGCACCAGCUGAGGGUGAUUGCACAGCAGACCUCCAGUCAGUGUUUGCCAUAUUGCUCCAAGCAGAACUUGUGCCAGCGACAGUGAAUGAUUACAGAGAGAARCUUCUCCAUUUGAGGAAACUAAGGUGUGAUAUCGUGCGGUCUGCGAUACCCAGUGGAUCUUUAGAAGAAGUGCCUCUUCGGUAUUUACUGGGAAUGCUUUAUAUUAAUUUCAGUCCUCUCUGGGAUCCUGUAAUUGAACUCAUAACUUCUCAUGCAAAUGAAAUGGAGAACAAACAGUUCUGGAAGGUCUUCUAUGAACAUUUGGAGAGGGCUGCUGUUUAUGCUGAAAUGGAGCUGCAAAAUGAGCUAGAUGAAGAGGAGGGAAGCAGUGCUGAAGUGGAAAAGGAGAGGAUACCAGGAGAAGUGGGGACUGUGUUCCUGGAGGAGCUGCAGGUUAGGACAGACUGCAGCGAGCGGCUGGACCACACGAAUUUCCGCUUUCUGCUUUGGAAAGCACURGCCAAGUUUCCCGACAGGGUGGAACCAAGAUCAAGAGAACUUUCCCCACUGCUUUUGAGAUUUAUUAGAAAUGAGUACUACCCAGCUGAUUCAUUAGUGGCUCCAACUCAGGAUCUUAGAAAGAAAAAUAGCAGUGCAGUAGGAGCAGAAGUUCCCAGUGAAGAUGUGAAUGAUGUUACUAUGGAGGAGGAGGAAGAAGAAAAGGAAGAAGGGGAACCAGUCGCUGUAGGGUUACCAAAAAAGAAAACUAGAAGAGCUGCUGCCAAGCAGCUGAUAGCCCACUUGCAGGUAUUCUCCAAGUUUUCAAAUCCCCGUGCCUUGUACUUGGAGCAGAAGUUAAAUGCAUUAUACACCCAGUUACUCUCCCACCAAGAUCAGAGCGUGCAAAGAAUUGCUCUGGACUGCAUUAUGACAUACAAGCAUCCUCAUCUGCUGCCGUACAGGGAGAACUUGCAAAGGCUGCUGGAGGACAAGACUUUUAAAGAAGAAAUUGUCCAUUUCAGCAUUUCUGAGGAGAACUCAGUAGUAAAAAUGGAGCAUCGACCAGCUCUCAUCCCUGUUCUUAUGAGAAUUCUCUAUGGCAGGAUGAGAAAUAAAACAGGCAGCAAAACCCAGGGCAAGUCUUCUGCGAGCGUUCGUAUGGGCAUCGUUCUGCGGUUUCUUGCUGGCUCCCAGACAGAAGAGAUACGGAUGUUCCUGGACCUGCUCUUUGAAGCUGUGAAGCAGUUCAGUGAUGGACCUUGCCAGGCCGCUGUGCUCCGGAGUAUGGCAGAGCUGGACUUAGCCAAGGUGCUGCCCCUUGGUCGCCAGCACAGCCUCCUCAAUGGCCUCGAAGUUGUGCUGAAGAACAUGGGACAUUUGAUCAGUCAGUACCUGCCUGAAAUUCUGCAGAUUCUGCUCUGUAUGACAGGUGUGAUAGCCUGCAUCCUCCAACAGAGAGAGAAGGUCCAACCUAGGUUGAUUAAUCCUCUCAAGAAUUUGAGACGUCUUGGACUCAAGCUUGUGGUUGACUUUUUUUCUGAUUAUGAGACCUACAGCUUCAGUGUGGAAGAGAUCGAUGCAGUUUUCCAUGCAGUGGUAUGGCCUCAGGUCUGCAGGUUGGCUUCAGAGAGUCAAUAUUCUCCUACUUUUCUGCUCAAACUCAUUCACACUUGGAGUAAGAAUCCCAGAUAUUUUCCCUUGCUGGCCAAGCAGAAGCCGGGUCACCCGGAAUGCGACAUUCUGUCAAAUGUUUUUGCUGUGCUCUCAGCCAAGAACCUGUCCGAGGCGACGGCCAACCUUGUGAUGGACAUAGCUGAGAACCUUCUCAACAGCCCAGAUUUUGAAGCCACGGAGCAGGUCUGCAGUGUCACUGUGACCGACUGUGUUGUUGUGGGCACUGGUGCCACGGCAGAAGAGAGCCUCAGCCUGGGUUGCCGCCUGGUUCUGCCUCAUGUUCCUGCCAUACUUCAGUACUUCAGCAAGACAAUGUUAAACAUGGAGAAGGUGAAAAAGAAGAAGUUUAGAGCCCAAGUCAGUAAAGAGCUGAAUAUACUUUCCAAAAUCAGCAAGUUUAUACAAGAAAAGAGUCAGAAUUCAGUACUUGUCAGCCUCCUCCUUCCUUUCCUUCACCAGAGUAACCUUGAACAGGAUACAGAGGUCGACAUUCUGGAGACAGUGCAGAACUUGCUGAGGCAUUGCUCAAACCCUACGAGCUUUCUCAAACCUCUGGCAAAGCUUUUUUCUGUCAUCCAGAACAAACUGUCUCGACAAAAGUUGUGCUUGGUGUUUCAGACUCUAUCCGAUUUGGACAGUGAAUUGGAAUACAUUACUGAUGUUGUUAAGCUGAAUGCAUUUGAUCAACGGCACCUUGAUGAUAUCGACUUUGAURUACGCUUGUCAGCCUUCCAGUCAAUCACAGCCCAUAUCAAAGAAAUGCARUCAGUGGAUAUCAACUUCCUCAUCCCUGUUAUGCACAACUGCUUUUACACCAUCCAGCUGGGGGACAUGGCUCUCAGUGACAACGCAGGCCUGUGCUUGACCACCCUCAUCCGCCGCCUGGCCGAAAUUGGCCCCGCGGAAGACGCCUACCGGGAGCUAAUCCAGCACACGCUCCUGGAGUCGCUGCGGAGGGGGCUGAAGAGCAAGACCGAGAGUGUCCAGCAGGACUACACGUCAUUGCUUGCCUGCCUCAUUCAGACAUUCCCAGCAAAUCCUGAAUUCCGUGAUAUGGUCCAGUUAACCAACCUCCAUGAUCCUGACAUGGAUUUCUUUGAGAAUAUGAAACACAUCCAGAUCCACAGGAGGGCACGAGCCCUGAGGAGACUGGCUAAGCAGCUCACUGAAAAGAAGGUCGUGCUGUCCUCCAGAUCCCUGCAGAACUACAUCAUGCCUUAUGCUACUACUGCCAUUUUUAAUGAAAAGAUGCUUAAGCAUGAAAACAUGGUAACAGCCUCGGUUGAAGUUGUUGGAGCCGUCUGCYGCCAUCUCUCCUGGUCAGCCUACUUGUUCCACCUGAAACACUUCAUCCAUGUCUUGCAAACAGGGCAGAUCAAUCARAAGUUGGGAGUCAGUUUGUUAGAGACAGUGCUGGAAGCCUUUCACUUUGACUAUGACACRCUUGAAGAGCAACUUCUGACUGUUGAGCACCAAGGAACUKCUCCUAUGGAUCUUGAGCCAGUGAUGGAGGGUGAAGAAGCCAUGGAGCUGGAGCAGAGUGACAAGGAAGAGGAGAUGGUUGAGGAAAACAAAGGGGAAAAUCCCGCCGAGGAGCCGGCGGAGCCUGCCCCGGCCCUGCCUGAGCAGGGCACUGAGACACCUGAAGAUGGGAAGCAAGUGACCAAAGCUGUUUCCUUCUUACCUCGAAAUAAAGAAGAACUGGAGUGUCUGAUCAAACACAUCCAAGAGACAGUUACAUCCAACAUCCUGCCCAAGCUGCACAGGUGCAUCGUUGCAAAGGUUAAGCGAGACGAGGAGCACAAGCUUGUGAAAUCCAAUACUGUGAAUGACGACGAGGUAGUGCGGGUGCCUUUGGCUUUUGCCAUGGUCAGGGUGAUGCAGUGUCUUCCCCAGGAAGUGAUGGAAGCCAACCUGCCAAGUAUCCUGCUGAAGGUCUGCUCRUUCUUGAGGAACAGAGCCCAGGAGAUCCGGGACGUCGCCCGCAACACCCUCACUAAGAUCAUGGAAGUACUGGGAGCACGGUACCUGCUCUACCUUUUGAAAGAGAUGCAGUCCACUCUCGUCCACGGGUACCAGCUCCAUGUGCUGACUUUCACUGUGAACCUGUUGUUGAAGGGCCUUACAAGCAAGCUCAGCACUGGUGAUUUGGACCCCUGCUUAGAUAUCCUGAUUGAGAUUUUCAACCAGGAGCUGUUUGGGGAUGUAGCUGAAGAGAAGGAAGUGAAGGGAAUUGUCUCCAAGGUCAUGGAAGCGCGCAAGAGCAAGAGCUACGAGUCCUAUGAAAUUCUCGGCAGAUACAUAGGGAAAGGCCAGGUGACAAAGCUUAUCCUGCCCUUGAAAGAGAUCCUGGAAAGCACCACGAGCCUGAAGAAGGUGCGCAAGGUGCACGAGGCCCUGCGGCACGUCGUGGCGGGGCUCGUCCUCAACGCGGACCUGGGCGCGGAGUCCCUGCUCCUGCUCAGCCACGGGCUCGUCAGCGAGAACCUGCCCCUGCUCACCGAGAAGGCCAGAGCAAAAGCUGCACCGCCUCCAGAUCCCCGGCUGCAGCCCGAAAGCUGCCUGCUGCUGCAGCCCACCCCGACCCGAGGAGGGCCGAAGGCGCCCGUCAGCAGCAGGACCAACACCUCUGUCUUGGUGGAGUCGGGACUUCGGUUGCUACACAUGAGCCUGAAGAGAUCCAAAAUAAAUUCCUCCGAUGAGCAUGUUCUGGAAAUGUUAGAUCCUUUUGUUCAGCUGCUUAUGGACUGCUUGAAAUCCAUGGAUGUCAAGGUGAUAACGGGUGCUCUGCAGUGCUUAGUGUGGAUUUUGAAGUUCCCUUUGCCUUCCAUCAAUGCGAAUCUGGAGCCGCUGAUCAAGCAGCUUUUCCUCUUGCUGAAGGAAUUUGCCAAGACAGGAAUAGCCAAAGGCCAGAACUUCCACCUCGUUGUGAACUGCUUCAAGUCAGUGACAAUACUUGUGAAGAAUGCCAAGAGCCGCAUCACAGACAAGCAGCUCCAGGUGCUGCUGGGCUUUGCUGAAGAAGACAUUUACGACGCGUCACGCCAGGCUACCGCCUUUGGCCUUCUCAAGGCCAUCCUGUCCAGGAAGCUGGUUGUUCCCGAAAUGGAUGAGGUGCUGCAGAAGGUUGCCCAGCUGGCCAUCACGGGCCAGAGCGAGCCCGCGCGGGUCCAGUGCCGCCAGAUUUACUUAAAAUACAUUCUCGACUACCCCCUUGGUGACAAGCUGAAGCCUAAUUUGGAGUUCAUGCUCGCACAGCUGGAGUACGAGUAUGAAAGUGGCCGGGAGUCGGCGCUGGAGAUGGUCACCUACCUGUUUGACUCCUUCCCGCAGGAGCUCCUGCACAAAUACUGUGGGCUGUUCUUCAUCUCUCUUUGUAUGAUGAUGGUGAACGAUGACUCUGCCAAGUGCAAAAAGAUGGCGGCUUUGGCCUGUAAGUCUCUGCUCAGUAAGAUAAGCAACGAGAAGCAGGACCUGAUGUUCUCACUGGUCACAGAGUGGUUUCACAGCAAGAAGAGCUCCCACCGGCGCCUGGCCGCCCAGGCCUGCGGCCUCUUCGUGGAGGUGGAGGGCGUCAUGUUCGAGAGGCGCCUCGGCGCCGUCCUCGCCUGGAUUGAAAAGGAAAUCAACCCCCUCCAGUACGAAAGCAUAACGGAAGAGGAGGAGGAGAAGGCUGCAGACAGGCUGCUGUUCAGCUUUCUCGUGCUGCUGACAAAGCUGAUCACAGAGUGCAGCUUGAUCCAGUUAACCAAGAACAGAGAYGUUGUGAGCAGCAUCUGGGGUCAUGUUCAGUCGCACCUGAGGUAUCCUCACAGCUGGGUCUGGCUGACAGCUACGCAGAUUUUUGGGUUGUUGUUUGCGUCUCACAAGCCAGAAGAUCUUGUCAGCAAGUGGAGGGAAGGAAAGGCAGGGAAGAGGAAAAAGCUGUCGGCAGAGCUGCCUACGUCCACGUUCUUCUUGACAGCUGACCUGGACAGUAAGAUGAAAGAGCUCGUGUUUGCCUUCUGCCAUCAGCUGCAGUCCAAGUUCCUGGACCAGGCCCUGGGAGAGCAGGUUAUAAAGAACUUGAUUUUUGUGGCCAAAGUUAUUUACUUGCUAGCCCCUGCCUCAGAAGAGGGUGCAGAGGCUGAAGGGGAACUCACCUGUGACAUGGAAGAGCAGGAGGCCUCUGAAGAUGAGGGUGAGAGAGACCCUUCUGCUCCAGAGGAGGGAGCUGGUGAGGAUGUGGAAGAGAAAGGCCGGCCAGCCACGUUGCUGUGGAUCAUGAAGAAACUCUCCAUCAUGGCAAAGCGGGAGGCAGCCUAUUCCCCUAAGGUGCCCUUAAAGAGAAGCUGCGUCUUCAAGUUCUUGGGAGCGGUCUCGGUGGAUCUUGGCAAGGACAGAAUCGAGCCCUUCCUUCCGACCAUCCUCACGCCGCUGUACAGGGAGCUGAACAGCACCUACGCAGAGCAAGAUCCAACCUUGAAGAACCUUGCCCAGGAGAUUAUAGAACUGCUCAAGAAAUUGGUCGGACUGGAGGCUUUUUCCCUUGCCUUUUCCGCUGUGCAGAAACAGGCCAAUCAGAAAAGAGCUGUCAGGAAAAAGCAAAGGGCUUUGCAGGCUGUAGCAAAUCCUGACAUUGCUGCAAGGAGGAAGCUGAAGAGACAUAAGAAUAAAGCAGAAACCAAGAAGAGAAAAAUAGAAUUCCUGCGCCCCAGCUACAAGGCUAAGAAAGCUCGAAGUCAUGGACUGAAAGAUUUAGCCAUGGUGGAAUAAAAAGGCUCCUACUUUCUCAAGAACAAUUUUAUGGGAAGAAACUUCCACCUUGAGAACUAGUGAUUGUCGGAAAGAUAUUUACGUAUUUUAAUGUAUUUAUUUUUUCAUGUCCUUUUUUCCAGCUGAGAUCUUAAAUAAAAGCUCAUCAUUUUUUUUCUUA